ACAUUUAUGAAUGUUGACAGCUGAAGCCGAUUUGAUGUAAACAAGAAACUUGGGUCAAAUAUUACGAGCGACCAACUCUUGGUUUAUUAUUGAGCCUCGAGUCCGCAACUGAUCAAUUGGCGAUUAACAGCAAAGUAUUGUGGAGGGCGAAAUAGUGAAAAAUUUAUCUUUCCUGAACAAGUGGCUUUCAUCGACCUGAGACUCUGAGUGAGAAAAAGAUAAUCGAUAGCUAUACUAGAGUGAAGAGUCCGAGAGUCGUAACAACCCUUGAACCCUACCCGGUAUUCGCCACUCGGUACCGGUACAAAUUAAAAAAAUGGUCCGUUGGUAUUAUUUGUUGUUGGCAUUUACCAUAGCUAUAGGCUUCUCGGAAUCCAAGAAGGAGCUGACUCAAGGGGAGCGAGUGCAGCAGCUCACUGAUGCAGCAAUCAAGAAGCCCAUCAUCAACCUAAAUUCUGAGAAAUUUAGGCAGUUUGUGAAGGCCACUCCACGCAACUACUCUGUCGUGGUAAUGUUCACUGCACUUGCUGCCAACCGCCAGUGUGGCAUCUGCAGACAUGCAAGUGAUGAAUUCCAGCUGGUUGGCAACUCAUGGCGCUACUCACCCAGCUUCUCCAACAAGCUGUUCUUUGCCAUGCUUGACUUUGAUGAGGGCUCUGACAUCUUCCAGCAGCUCCACCUGAACUCUGCGCCUGUGUUCAUGCACUUCCCUGCCAAGGGCAAACCCAAGAAGCUGGACACACUCGAGAUCCAGCGCGUGGGCUUCAGCUCCGAGAGUAUCGCGCGUUGGGUUGCUGAGCGCACUGAGAUCCAGAUCCGCGUGUUCCGACCUCCGAACUACACAGGCUUGCUGGCGCUGGUGGUGCUGCUAGCCAUGGUCGUGGGGCUACUGUACCUGCGAAAAAACAACCUCGACUUCCUCUAUAACUCCACCACCUGGGGACUCAUUGCCCUUGCGUUUGUGUUUGUGAUGACAUCAGGACAAAUGUGGAACCACAUCCGCGGACCUCCAUUCCUGCAGAAGACACAGGGCGGCAACAUAGCUUACAUCCACGGGUCCUCCCAGGGACAGUUCAUCGUUGAGACCUACAUCAUCGCCUCGCUCUACGCGGCAGUCUCACUAGGCAUGGUGUUGCUCACAGAAUCAGCUGGCAAGAGAGAAGACGUGGGCAAGCGCCGUAUUUUUGCCAUGGUCGGCCUAGCGCUCGUUGUGUUCUUCUUUUCACUGCUCCUCUCCAUCUUCCGCACGAAGGCUCAAGGUUACCCGUACAGCUUCCUGCUCAAGUGAGGCGUUCCAGCUGACGUCUCGGCGCCGAAGAUCCUACUAUUUUUAUGUUACGUGUGAGUUUUAUUUUGUUGACAAAGGAUGUGUUUGUUGAAGAUGGCCCUGGGACCAAAUAAAAAAAUCACAACUAA